GUACAUAUUUUAAAAUCUUGACAGGUCUUAAGAUAGAAUUUUGUGUCCUAUUUUAGGUCUCUUGAUGUUUUAAGUGAUGCUGUUUUGAAGGAUCUUUCUGUAUUUUACCGAAAAAUGAUUCCAGCAAUGGACAGAAGAGUCAUUACACCAUAUCAAGAUGGACCAGAUAUUAGCUAUUUGGAGAAAGAAGAUGGAGAUAACUUUUUGAAAGAAGAAACAAAUAUGGAACAAAAUUAUUCGGAAACUAUGUUCAAGAAAGCAAAAACAAAAGCUAAAAGGAAGCCACGUAAGCGUUCAGAUAGUUCUGGAGGUUAUAACCUUUCAGAUAUUAUUCAGAGUCCACCAUCUACAGGAUUAUUAAAGUCUGGUAAGACCAAUUCUGUGGAAUCUCUUCCAGAACUAUUGACAUCAGACUCUGAAGGAAGCUAUGCGGGAGUGGGUAGUCCUAGAGAUUUACAGUCCCCUGAUUUCACAGCAGGAUUUCAUUCAGAUAAGACCGAGGGGAAAGUUAAACCAUAUGUCAAUGGUACACCUCCUUCAUAUUCUAGGGAAGAGUUAAAACCAUGGGAAAAGUCACCAAUACUUAAAAUAUCUGCUCCAGAGCUCAUUCCCAAUAACAGAAUUGAAAAUAUCAGCUCUUCUAGUUGGGUUGCUGGCUCUUUCAGUCCUGCCAGCCCUCCUGUUGUGGAUCUGAGAACCAUCAUGGAAAUAGAAGAAAGUAGGCAAAAAUGUGGAGCUACGCCAAAGCCAAAUUUAGGCAAAAUGAUUUCUCAUGGAGUUAAACUUUCUCAGAAACAACGGAAGAUGAUUGCAUUGACUACCAAAGAAAACAAUUCAGGAAUUAAUAGCAUGGAAACAGAUUUAACUGCUCCUUCAAAAGCCCUCAAACCAAUGAAUGCAUGGGCUUCUUCUCUACAUUCGGUUUCAUCCAAGUCAUUCCGGGAUUUCUUACCAGAAGAAAAAAAAUCUAUUACUGGCUAUAGUGCGGGAGAUCAUGUCAAAAAAGUUUGUUUUAAAGGAAUUGAAAAUUCUCAGUCUCCCAAAAUUGUAAGAUGCUGUACUCAUGGUACUCCAGGACCAGAAGGCAACCAUAUUUCAGAUUUACCACUUCUAGACAGUCCCAAUCCCUGGCUAUCUUCUUCAGUGACUGCUCCCUCCAUGGUAGCCCCAGUCACUUUUGCAUCUAUUGUAGAAGAAGAGCUACAACAGGAAGCAGCUCUUAUCAGAAGUCGAGAAAAACCCUUGGCUCUGAUUCAGAUUGAGGAGCAUGCAAUACAAGAUUUAUUGGUUUUCUAUGAGGCAUUUGGCAACCCUGAUGAGUUUGUCAUUGUUGAAAGGACACCACAGGGACCACUGGCAGUACCUAUGUGGAAUAAGCAUGGAUGCUAGUUCGCUGUGGAAUUAUGAUGCAUUUUUCAUAAUUGUGAUUGCUGUAAUAGUAUGAGAAAAGCUGUGGAAAAGAGUUCUUACAGAUUUGAUAACAUAUCA